AUUCUUGGCUGUUCUUCCAAGUUUUGAUCUUAUAAAACAGAAACUGAAAAAGACAGGCUUCGAAAACAGUACAAGAACAUGAAUUAUAUAUAUACAUUAUAUUCAAAUGGAUUGAAACUUGCAGAGGUGGAGGGGAAGAACCCAGAAACAAAUGGAGGCGCCAGCUUUGAUUUUGAAGAACGAGGAGAAUCUAAGAAUAUGUUGGACGGAAGGCCAAGUUCCGGCCACCAGGCGUGUCAAGAGACGGCGGAGAGAUCCCUCCACUGCCUCUGCCAUCGAUCAAACUAAAAAUAAGCAGCAAUCCGAUCAAGCUCCGACCACCACAACGAAGCGGAGCUCAAGAUUUCGCGGCGUCAGCAGACAUAGAUGGACGGGUCGGUUUGAAGCUCAUUUAUGGGAUAAGCUUUCUUGGAACUUGACACAAAAGAAGAAGGGUAAACAAGUUUAUCUCGGGGCUUAUGAUGAAGAAGAAUCAGCUGCAAGAGCGUAUGAUUUAGCAGCACUCAAGUACUGGGGUGUAACAACAAUCACUAAUUUUCAGAUAUCAGAUUAUGAGAAGGAGAUUGAGAUAAUGCAGACAAUGACAAAGGAGGAGUAUUUGGCCUCUUUAAGAAGGAAAAGCAGUGGAUUCUCAAGAGGUGUGUCAAAAUAUAGAGGAGUGGCAAGGCACCAUCACAAUGGUAGAUGGGAAGCAAGAAUUGGGAGAGUUUAUGGGAACAAGUACCUCUACCUUGGAACUUAUGGCACUCAAGAGGAAGCUGCUCGAGCUUACGAUAUGGCUGCCAUUGAAUACCGAGGGAUCAAUGCAGUUACCAACUUCGACUGGAGCAAUUACAUGGCCUGGCUGAAACCUCCGCUGCCACCCGUUGCCACCCCGAACGAAUCCCAUAUGACAUCGGACCCUCUCAAGGAGCUCUGCAACUCCAGCUCCAUCAUCCCAGCAGAAGAAACUUCCCUUUUCCAAAACCAUCACUACCACGACAAUUCCUUCCAUUCUCUUCAAAAGCAAGAGCUUCUUCAUAAAAGCUGCAGCAUUCCUCUCAACAGUUAUGUUAAAUCUUCUCCAUCAGCUCUCAACCUCCUUCUUCGAUCUUCAUUUUUCAAGAAACUCAUCGAGACCAACUCCAACCUUUCGGUGGAUGAGGCUGAUAAUGGAGAAGAAGCAAAGACUCGAGCUGUGCUUGACAAUGUGUUUGAUGAAUUUGGAGACGUCUUCUGUGAUAGACUUACAGAUGAAACGUUUGUUUGCAGCUCCGACAAAGAGCUGCAAGAAAGUGAGCUUCAUUCGUUCUUAAAUGGCUCAUUUCAUCGCUUCAAAGCAUCCUGAAAAAGAGCUUGAUUUUGUGUGUACUUUGUUCAUACCAUCAUAUUUAACAUUUUAAUAUGAAAGUAAGAACUCGAUUCUGUCAACUGUGGACACAAAUGAAUCAAUUACUUCUUGCUUUAUUCA